CCUUUGAGCUUUGGGCCUGGACCGACCGCCCCACGACCCCACAUGCCGAAUGUGGAGCAGUAUAUAAUUGACCAACCUCCUGCUCAAGGUUACCUAGGAGAACAUCCACCAAAAUGCCGAUAACAAACCACAAGAAGCUCAAUGCUCAGUUUACCGGAGUCGAUCUCGAGUCUUGUUCACAGUACCGCGGCAUACAAUAUGGCACUAUCAGCAAGAGAUUCGAUCUACCGACAUUAAAAUCAGACUGGAAUGGAGAGCAAGUCAACUGUCAACGAUGGGGGCCAAGAUCUCCGCAGAACAAAUACGACAUUGGCCAUCUUCUACGAGCACCAGAGGGCGAUAUCUUCUACGAUGAAACCGAAGACGAAUUCCAAUGUUUGAAUCUGGACAUCACCAUUCCUGCCGACACACCAAGCGAUGCACGACUACCUGUCAUGGUUUGGAUACACGGAGGCUCGCAAAUCAUCAGUUUUGGCAAUGGAGCGAGUAAAGCUGGAGAUACGACGAAGCUUGUGGCAGAGUCUGCUCAACAUUCCAGACCAAUGAUUGUGGUAUCUGUUCAAUACAGAUUGAACAUGUUUCAUGUUGGAGAUGGCAACAGCAACAAGAAUCUGGGCUUCAAGGACCAACAGCUGGCUGUCCAAUGGGUCCAUCAAUAUAUUGCAGAAUUUGGUGGUGAUCCUGAGGAGGUGACACUUGCUGGAGAGAGUGCAGGAGCCGUUUUCGUACAUGGGUUGAUUGUCGGUGGAGCUCCUCUCAAACGUGGAAUUCUCAUGUCUGGAUCUUUGCAUAUGUCGCCGCCACAGCCGGAGGCGAGAGCGAAGACUAUGUUGAUAGAUCCUGUACUUGAGAAGCUUCGAGCUAAAGGAUAUUCAUCUCUCGAGGAAGCUCCGGUACGAGCAUUGCUCGAAGCACAGGCCGAGAUACCAAUACCAUCAGUAUUUCUCCAGGAAGAAGAUUGCUUUGCGAACUGGCAAGAGAAGACUGGUGGAAUCCAAGAACUCAUCAUUGGAGACUGCGAAUUCGAGUCGGUGCUAUGGCGGAACGGUGUCGAAGCGAUGACCGCAGAGCAGAUUGUGGAAUGCUUCAACAAAGCCGGACCUUCAGGUGACCGACUGAAAGAACUAUACCACAUCAAUGGGUUGCGAGCACCGCAAUGCAGGCAUGGUGCAUUAGACUUCUUGAACGAUGUGCGCUUUGCAUCGCCAGUACCAUUGAUCGCGGAGAGAUACAGGGCUGAGGGGAAGAAAGUAUACCGAUACUUGUUUGACCAAGCAAACCCAUGGCAGGCUUCUUCCCGAGCUCACCAUGCGGUUGACUUGCUCUACCUAUUCGGUGGAUUUGAUAUGACAAUGAAUCCAUCAGCAGAGGAGCUUGGCAAAGAGUUGAGGAGACGACUCAUCUGGUACAUCAACGGAGAUGCACCUUGGACGAUACACAAAUCCAUGGCGUUUGGGCCGUUGGGGGAGACCAAAGAGAUGAACGAUAGAGGGGUUGCAGCUCGCAGACGCACACGACAGAUGGAGGAGGUGAAGAAACUACAGGCUAGUGACGUGGCGGCGGUCUUUGGAAGCCUUGCAGCUGGUAGAAUCAGUCUGCACAACUAGAGGUGCUUGUUGCGUUUGCGGCGGGGGUAGGUUAGCUGCAACACGUCAGGCCAUGAAAGGUCGCAGUGCAGGACAC